UGAGACUCGGUCUGACUUUCUUCUGAAACUGGACUUUAGAGAAAUGAUGCUCAUCUUUGGACUGAUGCUGCUGCUGCAAACUGCUGCAUGUCUGGAUCGGUUCUGCAGGUUUAAUCAAACAAAUCCCUGUUACGCAGCUCUGGAAGACAAACUUAGUCUGCAGAUGUUGGACGCUAGCAAAUAUAACCUGAAGAUCAUAAAGAGAAUAAACAGCACACAUGAUGGUCCAGUUUGUAGAAUAAGGAAUGACACAAUGAGGAUGAGUGAAUGUGAUCUUUAUAAUAACAGAUCUGAAGUGACCGUCAUUAAUGGGACUCUGAUAAUAAACCGUGUGAUCAGAGCAGAUUCAGGGAAUUACAGAUUAAAACUCGAUAGCUCAGACGGCACAGAAACAUCUAGAGAUCUUCAAGUGAUUGUUGAAGCUCCUAUUGGCUCAGUGGAAGUGUCAAUCAUCUGCUCCUCCAGUGGGGUGAUGAGGGUGUCCUGCUCCUCUGAGGGGGAUCCGCUCCUCUACAGCUGGACUCUGAAUGGAGAUCCACUGAUGGAUGGAAACAGCAGCAUUGAUCUGGAUGAGGGAACUGAUGGAGACAUCAGCUGCAGCGUGAAGAACCACGUCAGUCACACACAGAACACCAUUAGAGUCCAACCCUGUGCUGUGUGUUCAGUGUCUGUGGUGUUUGUGCUGGUCUGGUGUCUUCAGCUGAUGGUUCUGUUGGGUCUGUUAGGAGGUUUUCACAUCUACAUGAGACACACGUCAGGAAAGAAGCAGGAAGAUCAGAAAGUGAGGAUGAGAAGAUUUAGAGAAGGACCUGAACACACAGCAGAAGAUUCAUGAGAGCAGCAGAUCUUCUGUAUUUUAUAUGAUUUUUAACAUGUUUAGACACAGAUGUCUAUUUUUUAUUCAUUUGUAAGUGGUAAGUGAUUCACUGCUAGUGGGUGACUUCAGUGAACCCAUCAACCAGCAUUUAUAUGUCUUUUUACCUGAUCUCAGAUCAGUUUUAUAAAUUUGUAGACAUUUAUAAUGACACAGUUGUAUAAAAGCAAGAGUAGUAGGCACGUUAAUCUCUUAAGUCUCUUAUUAGUCUGAUUAACCAAGCUCUCCAUAAAACAAACAAAUCAAGUUAAUAAAAGACAAGUGAACAAAAGAACACAGACACUUCAUAUUUAAUGGUAUUAGAUUAUUUGUUAAUUGGAUUACACUUUCAAUAAAUCAUUUCCAAUUGGUGUGUAAAUG